UGCGGAUUUAAGUUGAGUACGCGCGUUCGUAAUGGUAACCGGAAGCGGAGUCGUCGUCAGCGCGAAGGGUGUGUGUGUGAUGACUUAGGAUCUUAAGAAGGAUCACCUCCACGAGGAUGAGAUCUGACGUUCUGCACAGGAUAUUAUAAGAGGAUGAAAAGCAAUCUCUGUCACCAAAACCCAAACAAGUUAUAUUACCGAUCUCCUCCCAUCAGUCACCACACUCCUCAACUAAAGAGUUAAUUGUUGGACAUCUAUAGGAAGUCUUUUAAUCAAAACCAUGGUGGACAACCGAUACGCCACGGCUCUGGUCAUCGGCUCUGUGCUGAGCCUGCUCGCCACCGUCUAUCUCUCUGUUGCAAUGGGUACGCACCACUGGUACCAGUACCACAGCCAGCCGGCCAGCAACGAUGCCAAAAACAACUACUCGGACCUGCAGAAGAAAUUUGAGGGAGAGGAGGUGAAUGAGGGGAACUACAGUGACGCUCUGUUCCGGCUGAACGGCACGCUGGGUCUCUGGUGGCGCUGCAUUCUGGUGCCCUUUAAAGAGCCUGAUCUGAUAAUGACUAAAUGUCAGGCCUUUACUUUGCCACAGCAGUGGGAAACCAAGUACAACUCCCCGGGGAAUAUUAAAAGUGGAGAAGAUCUGCUGCGUACAUACCUGUGGAAGUGUCAGUUCCUGUUGCCGCUGGUCUCUGUGGGGCUGGUGUUUCUCGCCGCGUUGAUCGGAGUGUGUGCCUGUCUUUGCCGCAGUAUCACUCCCACACUAUUCGUAGGGCUGCUGCAUCUGCUGGCCGGCCUGUGUUCCCUGGCCACCGUAUGCUGUUUCCUCACGGGCAUGCAUUUGUUACACAAAAUAUCCCAGCUCCCCGAGGGUAUGGACUAUUCUCCGAGCUGGUCCUUGUUUUUGGCUCUGGUGUCGUCACCGCUGCAGAUCAUGGCUGCUGCGCUCUUCAUCUGGGCCGCGAGGAGCCAACGCCAACACUACACUCGAAUGACAGCCUACAGGGUCGCUUAGGCAAUAGAGGACUGACUAUACAGUCGCUGAAGGGAUUGUCUGCUCUCACA